GAUUCAUCCAACCGCAUGAAUUCCGUUUCUCUACUAGUAGCUUCUACUUACCCUUUCGUAGCGUUAGCUUCACGUUACUUUCAACUCUCCGCCACUGAAUGGCAGAACCAGAACCAGCUUCUGCUGCAUCAACAAGCUUCAGUCAACCCACAGCCCCUGCUCUAGCUAACCACACGACUUCCCCGCUUCCGACUCGCAUCCGCUUUCCAGACCAGUUCCUUGUUGCAACACCUCAUGGAGGGUCGUCGCGUUCAUCCAUGGGUUCUUCUGUUCUUCCUAUCACACCAACGAAGGCAGACCCAACAGAACUAGGGGACGGAAAAGGUCGUCCUCUUUCCAUGGGGGUCACUACUCCAGUCUUCCCUGAGAUCUCUCCUUCGAAGAGAUUUUCAUCUCGCAGCGCUGAAUCGCGACGCAGGUCCAAUAGAAUGAGUCAGAGCAAAGGCUUGUCUACUCUCAAGGACCCCUUAGUCGCUGAGUUCGAACCCUCAGCUUUCUCGGACGAAUAUGACUUGUCUCAUGAGGACCCCAAGAUCCUUCAAGACGUCCAACGAGCUCUAGAAUUGCAAUCUCGAAGGCGAGAUCGCAUGUCAUUCACCCCAUCGCAGCCAACUGUUCCUGAAGUUCAAACUCCUCUCGAGCUGGGGCAGGGUGCAUCUUUCCAACAACCUCCUCCAGUUUCCGCAUCUCCGCCAACUUUCAUUCGUCGUUCAGGUAUUCCUUUGGACAUUGAUUUUAGCCCAUCUGUUCAGGCAGCUCCCCUUCACCCUGUUCCCCUUUCUUCGAAUGGAGGGGCCACUUUGGACUGGAGUGGGUCCCAGUCUGAGGAAGAAAGACUCGAAAGACGUUGGUCAUUGGGUAAACGUAAAGGCAAAGAAAGACCAUCGUCUUCGAACAAAGCCAUAUUUGAGAAGCAAGACACUCUUUUUGCAGAUAGGAUUUCUAGGAUUAGAUCCAAAGCGAAACAGCCAACAUUCCGCAAGGCAGCUAUUGUUAGCAACCAAUUGGGACGGAGGUACAACCUAGUUUAUAAUUCCGUUUCGAACGAGGACCCCAUCAACCUGGCAAAGGCCGCACGGUGGUACGCUGACUCUGAUCCGGGCGCGCAAGCCUGGCUAGAUAGCGCUGAGCCACUCACUUGGCUCAAACACCUAUUAGACAAACAUGGCGGGAAACGAUCGAAAUGGCAUCUGUCGGCUUUGAUCGUGGAAGAAUGUAAUAAAUCCAACAGGAUAAAUUCUAGUUCACCUGUCAUUCGUGACGAUUCUACCUCUGCUCGGGGAGGAUCACUUCUCUCAGACGCGUCACUAAGUCUUCCUUCAUAUCCUUUUCAUCCGAUCAGAUCUUCCCCCUCGCUACAUCGUUCUUUCGGAGAUUCACUCAGAAGAAUACGCUCCUCAGAUGGCCAAAUAUCAUUCGAGCCCAGAAUUGACUCCGCUCGCAGCUCGAUAGACGGCGACUACAGGAGCGUUGACGACAAGAGUCGAGGAUUGCGCAACGUCAUCCCGGCUCUGGUUGAUGCCGCCCAUAGUAUCGCAUCUACAUCAUCCCCUUACCGUCGUGGGAGCUCUCCAGGCGGACUUUCACCAACUAGCAGUCGACGCCUUCCAUUUGUUCAACGGAUACGGCGUCGGCAGGUGGAGAGCGAUGAAGGAUCUUCCUCUGUCAUUCACUCGCAGUCAGAAGACUACAGUGGAUCGCCAAUUGGUGUCACUGGUCGUCGUCGCAAGAGGGGCAACCGGAGACAGCCUCAUGCGCCUUCAUCACAUCUACAGUCGCCCCGUGAAUCAGAAAUAGAGAUAAAUGCUCUUGGCGAGACGUUAGAUGUACACGAGGAGACUCCUGCACCUGCGGACGAUGCGUCGCCCUCUGAGCUGGCGUCAGACCGUGGGAUCGAGCCGCCUCCUGACAAGCCUGAAUCAGAGGUUCUCGCUACUGCACCGCGAGUAGUUCCACGUCAGAGACUGAUACAUCGGAUGUCCCUCCCUGUCACCGACGUAGCUGGGAAAGCGGAACGAAAGCGUCGCGAGGAAGCCGAGGAAGAGGAGCUAGAGCAUGAGUAUGAGAUGAAGUCGCAGAUGCUAGAUGACAUGAAGGCGCAGAACUAUCGGAUGCGCCAGAAAUUACAAAAGAUCGCUUCAGAGGUGCGGGAAUAUGACACGCUACGUACAAGGGUUGCCAACACGCAUGGAAUCCCGCAUCGAGGCCUACCUCAAGAGCUUUUAGAAGCUUUUAGCAUCGACCCUUCCUCGGUAACUGGCGGGACUCGGGAAGAGAGUGGUUGGAGGGCCGUCGAGGACAUACAUACUCGUGUUCUUCGGCAACGACAGGUGUUCCGGAUCUACCUUUCUGUCGUUAAGAAAGAUGUCAUGUCGGUGCCGGAUAGCUUACUUGAUGGAUCCAUAUCGUCGCUUAUGGGCGCGCUGGGUGAAAUAGGACAUCAGAGGGAGACUCUGGCGCACAAGGAGUUGGAAGUGGCUAGCGCUCUGUCCAAAGUCAAGAGUCUGCACACCCAAGUCAAGAAGGAGUACAACAAUGCCCUCGCGCACACGUCAGUUGUUUACCCAGAGCUCUCUCAAAUCAUCGCACUAGAGGAGAGCUACAAGGAUCAAUACCAACAUGUCUGGGAAUUCGGAAUGGACGCUUUGACAUUCAUCCUCGAUACCGUUGCACCAUUUUGGAGAAAUUACGGGAGGACCAUCGGCGAAGAUAUCAAAGAUUUCCUCAUCAUACCCUGGUACCGGAACGAGUUCACGGGAGAGUUGAAGCGGUAUGAUAUCUCGUCGUUUCCUAGUCGGUCCGUCGGCCACUGGUUCGCGCUCUUCUUCCUCUUCUGGUUCACAGUGGGCAUCACCUUUCUGCAAACGCGCGCGGCCAUUUUUUGUACAUUCAUCUACAAGCAUCCUUGGAUCGACAAUUCGGGUUUUCGAUGGUUGAUCAUGCCGUUCAUUUGGAUCUCACUCAUUAUCCUAUGGUUUGCUGUUUUCUUCGAGACUUGCAUUGUUAUUCUACAGCUUCGAGUCGUUGCUUGGUGGUUGGGUUGGUUAGUGGGCCUCCUCACCUGAGCUUCUCUUCUGCUAUCAUGUAUCCGCUGGUAUUUCGGACUAUGUAUAUUUCCAUCACUGUAAUUCCAUAUCACACACAAGUAUUCGAUGUAAACGUAAU